AUGGCCACCGCUGUCAUGACUCCUCGUCGCGCAGAACAGGACACCUACGACGGAUCAGCUUCGCCAACAGCCUCGGCAGCCAGAGCCGCUGCCCUGGCAGUUGCCGGCCCCGAAGAUAAGCCCAGGAAUGCUGAGUACCUGGCUCCCACGCUUGCAAGCCUGAGAGCACAGGAGGCUCAUCUCGCAUCACUGGACCUGUUCAAGACAAACAUCCAGGCCUCUGCGGCAAGCGAGCUACCUGCAUCAUCUGCACCUCAAAAAAGUUCUGCUGAGGAGGCAGAAGAACCACGGAUCAUUAUGUGGGAAUCCGAAAAGGUAGCGAUGCAAAUGCAGAAGCAACAAGAAGAGCAGGAGAAGAAGUCAGAGCGGCAGAUUGUGACAGCUGUGGAUGAUUGGUUCGACCUCGGUGCUAUGUUCGGUUGCUUCUCCUGCAGGGAAAAGUAA